GUUUCAAACGCCAACGACCCUACGGAAACUAGUAAAUUAGUUGUGCUGGCGUGCAAUAUUGUUCAUAGUUGGCCAGCUGAGAAAUUAAAUAUGCACGAUGUAUGAAAACAGUAUAAUUUUGCCUUGUAAUUACAAAUAUCCGCCAAUAACCAGCAAUCUUAACGACACCCGUUGAAUACCCAUGCUCCAAACUGCAGGGGACUUCAGUGCAGGAGUAAUUUCUCUGUUGCACAGGAAGCGUACUUUUCAUAGCAGUCAGUUUCCCAUUACAACAUUUCCUUGCUGUUAGCAGGUGUUACCUGAAUAACAGGCAGGCUAACUUUAGAAACUUUUUACUUUGGACCUAUAACACUAAACUGCGCAUCAGUCCGAAUAAAUGCGCAUAUUUUGGAUUUAAGAUUGACGAAUUAAGGAUAAUUUAAUUGAUUUUUAGAUUCAAAGAGUCAAAAGUCCAACUCGUCUGGACUGAAUCGCCUCCGUCCGGUGACAGUAAUGGCAAACCCUGGAAAUGGCCGUAAAAUUCUCAACUUUAAUGUAGGGGUGCUGGGACAUGUCGACAGCGGGAAAACGUCACUCGCCAAAGCCCUCAGUAGCACAGCAUCUACUGCAGCUUUUGACAAAAACCCACAGUCCAAAGAACGAGGCAUCACGCUCGAUCUGGGAUUCUCAUCGUUUACAGUGGACCUUCCCGAAAAUCUACAGGAAGAGUGCGGGUCUCGCGGGUACAACAGCCUGCAGUUCACGUUGGUGGACUGUCCUGGACAUGCAUCGCUCAUUCGCACCAUCAUCGGAGGCGCGCAGAUCAUCGACCUGAUGAUGCUGGUGGUGGACGUGGUGAAGGGGGUGCAGACGCAGACGGCGGAGUGCCUGGUGAUCGGAGAGCUCACCUGCCCUCGCAUGGUGGUCGUGCUCAACAAGACCGACCUGCUGCCUGCGGCCAAGAGACAGGCCGCCAUAGAGAAGAUGACCAAGAGGAUGCACAAGACCCUGGAGAACACCAGAUUUAAAGGGUGCCCUGUGAUUGCUGUGGCGGCCAAGCCAGGGGGUCCUGAGGCCCCAGGAACAGAGGUGUCCCAGGGAGUGCCUGAACUUAUAGAGCUGCUGAAAGCCCAGACGUACCUCCCUCACAGAGACCCCUCUGGGCCCCUACUGAUGGCCGUGGAUCACUGCUUCUCCAUCCGGGGUCAGGGCACUGUCAUGACUGGCACCAUACUACAGGGGGCGGUGUCCCUCAAUGACAAUGUGGAGAUCCCUGCUCUAAAGGUGACUCGGAAGGUGAAGUCGGUGCAGAUGUUCCGGCAGCCUGUGGGCUCGGCCAUGCAGGGGGACCGGGUGGGCGUGUGCGUGACCCAGUUUGACCCAAAGCUGCUGGAGCGGGGCGUGGUGUGCACCCCGGGCUCCCUGCGCACCCUGUACGCCGGCCUCAUCUCUGUCCGCAAGAUCGGCUACUUCCGGGGCGCGCUGGCCACGCGGAGCAAGUUCCACAUCACCGUGGGUCACGAGACCGUCAUGGCCAAGGUCUCCUUCUUUGGGCUGCCCCCCUCCAGCUCAGCAGCCAAUAACAACAGCCCCUCAGAUCAGAGCCCAGCUCAGUCAUCUGCUGACCCCCCCUCUACAGAAACGAGCCACGCCCAACCCUCCGACUCAACCUCCCCAGACAAAACCUUCUCCUUUGACAGGGAGUACAUGUACCAGGAGGAGUAUGUGAUUGGCCAACCAGGGAUGGGGGAGGGGCCUGACCCAGAGCAGUGGGCUCUGCUGGAGUUUGAGAGGCCUGUGACCUGUCCCACCUUCUGCCUGGUGAUUGGUUCGAAGCUGGACACGGACAUCCACGCCAAUACCUGCAGGCUGGCCUUCCAGGGGCAGCUGCUGGAAGGGUUUGAGGACAAGGGCUACGCGGAGAGCGCCCUCCCUAGGCUCCGUGUGUUCAAGACCAAGCAGAGGGAGGGUCAGGUGGAGCGGGUGACGGAUGACUAUACUGUGAUUGGCCGUAAUCUCUUCAAGAAGGAGACCAACUUGCAGCUGUUUGUGGGGUUAAAGGUCCGGCUCUCGACCGGUGAAGAAGGGGUCAUCGAGGGCGGCUUUGGACAGAGCGGGAAGUUCAAGAUCAGAGUGCUCGAGGGGCUCGGCGCAGAGGCUAAGCAGCUCCUCUCCUCCACCUCCAAGAAGAAAACAAAAGGUGGCAACAAGACGGAACCAGUCAAAGAGGAGGCCAAGACCGACUCCCAGCCAAUCAGCAUCAGCCUCAGCUUCAAGAGAUAUGUCUUUGACCCCCAUAAAAAGAUGGUGCAGUCCUGACUCUCAGAGUUUUUGGAGCCAGUGACCAGAAGCGGUUGAGACAAUGCAACAGGAAAGGGGGAGGCUUCUGGAAAAACGGCACGGGUGCCAACACCAAAGAUAGACAUAUAGUAGCUGUGCCCGAGAAAAUGAAUAACCUUACACCACUGUAUGAACUGAGUCUUAAUUACUGCAGAUUGGAUUAAAAUGCAGACAGGGAUAAUUUCCAAGGGCACAAAUUAAGAGGCAAGAGAGCUUUCUCAGUCUUCCAGUAAACCCCCACAAGCCUGGGCUCUGACAGUAUCCUGGAUGUUUGGGCUGAGCAGGCAGGGAGCCUCCCGGCUGCGUCCCUGUACGUUUCCCCCUUACUGCAGGCGUCUGCCAAGGCCAUGCUCUGUUUCAAGUGCUGCAUUAACCAGCUCUUUCAGUGUCCACCAAAUUCCCCACUUAUUUUUGGAGCACAGCCACUCAGUUUUAGUCCUGGCACAUAUCUGUACGCAUAUGAAUUUCCCCAUCCCUUUUUAUCUGAGCAGUUUUGGCCCCUCGGUUACUGACAUGGUCACCCCCAUUUGCUCAAGGUUAAUCCUGUGCUCUUUUCGUCAUUACGCUCAAACUUUAUCUAUUGGCUGCUUUGGAUACAUUUAUAGCUUUCCAUUUUUGCAGUUUUCUUUCUUGGAUUUCUUUUCCAGAAGCCUUUUCGAUGGGUUUUUCAGAAGUGAAUGCUUGCAGGCUAAGCUGCAGAACAUCAGAAAAGGCCUUCCUGUGAUUGACACAUGAUAACCUGUGGUGUGAUACAGUCGUGAUUGACACUUAGAGAUGGGCACAGUGAUGUAAUCAUAGCUGACAUGUAGCGAUGAGCGAGUAAUAAUAUUGUGAAUGACACUGGGCAUCGUGCAGUGAGUGAUAUCUGAGUAUAUGCAGGCUGAUGUAACAGUGAAUGACAUAUAAGAGCUUCAGACCUGUGGUUGAAUCAGCGAUGCAAUUGGCUGGGUGAGAGUGCAAAAAAAAAACAUACUGCGGCAUUGUUUUCCCCGGGCAGAUCUAAUCUCUCACCCAGUACAUUUCUGUCUCUCCUCUCUUCAGUCAGAGCCCACAGUUAUCCUAGCCUGCCUGCAGCUGCAUUGCUCUUCAACUUCCAGCUUUUUUUGGGGCUCUUUUCAGGCUGUUGCAAUGGUAAUGACAAUAAACACAGUAAAUUCC